GACGUUGACACUUACUGUCAAAGUAAAUUCUCACAUGUUCGCAUUUGCACAAAACUCGCAAAAUUUUGUAAUAAACUCUCUAAAAUAACCAUGUCCGACGUACCAGACCUUAGCAGUGAUGAUGAAAACUACGAAGAAGACGAUUGGCAGGAGAUGGAGACGAGCAAUACCAUGGUGACAUGUUUAUUUUGUUCUGAAGUUCUACCAUCUGUAGACGAAGGUUUUAACCACUGUGGCACAGUCCACAGCUUCAAUUUGAAUGAUUUGAAGCUUAAAUUCAACAUGGACUGUUAUUCGUACAUCAAAAUGAUCAAUUACAUAAAGACUCACAAGUCGAAACCAGACGACAUCAUUAACGGGACCCAGUCGCUUUGGGAAGAUGAGAAGUAUCUAAAACCGGUUGAAAAUGAUGAAUGGUUGAUGUUUGACUUCGAUUCGCUGACAGAAAAACCAAGUUCGCCGAAGUCCUACCAUGCGAAUGUAGAAAAUGGACUAGUUACUUUGUCACAAAACCAUUUCUUAGAGCUGCAGCGAACAAUACAGACAUUAACUGCUCAACUAAGUGAGAGUCAAACACAUUUACAAAUGGCUAAAGAAGAUAUCAAGAAGAUGCAAGAUUCCAUGAAGACAAUAGUGGACGCUGGACAGUCAAAUGGUAACGGUGAUGAAAAAAGUUUCAUUGUGAACUGUGUGUCAAAAGUACCACUGGAAGAUGAUGAAGGUUACUUCAAUUCUUAUGCACAUUUCGGCAUUCAUUACGACAUGCUCUCAGAUAAAGUUCGUACUGAAAGUUAUAGAGAUGCAAUAAUGAAUAAUAAAGAAACGUUGAAAGAUAAGGUCGUUCUCGACUUAGGAUGUGGAACGGGAAUUUUGUCGAUGUUCUCAGCAACAGCGGGCGCUAAGAAAGUGUAUGCGUUAGAUCAAUCAGAAAUUAUUUAUCAUGCAAUAGAUAUUAUCACAGAAAAUAAUCUGCAGAAUGUAAUAAAAACUAUCAAAGGUAGACUUGAAAAUACAAAGUUGGAUGAAAAAGUUGACAUCAUUAUAUCGGAGUGGAUGGGAUAUUUCUUGUUAUUCGAAGGAAUGUUAGACAGUGUGAUAUAUGCUAGAGACAACUGCAUGAAACCUGGAGGACUGCUACUGCCUAACCGAUGUAAUAUAAGUCUUGUCGCAAACGGAGAUACUGAAACACACAAUAAGCUUAUUGACUUCUGGUCCGAUGUAUAUGGGUACAAAAUGAACUGCUUGAAAUCUGAAGUGGUGAGAGAAGCAAGUGUCGACAUCAUCGGAUCGAAGCAUAUAAUAUCUGAACCGUAUGUCAUAAAAGAAGUGGACAUGGUAACUUGUGAUACAAAUACAAUGGAUUUUACUUCUGACUUUAAACUACCAAUCAUUAGGGAUGCCCAGUUGACGUCACUGGUUGGGUAUUUUGACACCUUUUUUGAUCUACCGAAUAAAGUAUCCUUUUCAACCGGACCUCACAAAACUCCUACGCAUUGGAAACAGACAGUUUUUUAUUUCCGCGACUGUAAAGAGGUUAAAAAGGGAGAUGUUAUUGAAGGGACAAUUACCUGCAACAGGCUAAAAAGUAAUGUCAGAGGACUAUCAGUUCAAAUCAAUGUAUUUGGGAAAAAUCAUAAAUAUUUACUAAGUUAAUGUUUUUACUAUUUAGUCUUAAGAAUUAUACAGGUAUCUUCUAGAUUGCUUCAAUGAAAUCGCAAAUUAUUUGCAUUUAAAAUGUAUCACCAGCUAUUCAACCAUCCACAAAAUGAACUGUACUGUACUUAGUAUAAGGUUCAGAUUAAUUCAGAAAAUCACACAAUUUGUAUUAGAUUAGACUAGCUAGCUAGUACUUUGUAGAUUUUUUGAAUGUUAACAUGCAUUUAUUGUUAAGAAUUUAGCUUUUUGUUGUUACCUUUUCAGAUCUGUUGCAUUUUUUAAGCUCUCAAUACAACAAUACAUUUGUGUCUGAUUCUAAGAUCAUUGUGUGACUUCUCUGAUAUUAAUUUUAACUGUUGUUCUAUUGAAACCAUUUAAAAGGCCAUAAAAUGUGCCAAUAAUAUCUACACUGUAAUAGCUAUAGAAUGAGGAAUAAAUGAAAGGCAUUUUCUACGAAAA